AUUAAUCAAUGAAGAAGUCUUUCUUUGAUUUAAGCCUUCACAACCUAUUAGUGGUAUUAGAGCCAACCUUCUCUCACGAGACUUUCACUUCCAUGGCCAACCGUGAUGAAACUCCAAACUCUGCCGCCUCCAAACACUCCGCCGUGACCAUCCUUGAGCCUAACGUCACCCGCAACCCACUGUCCUUCAACUCAGUGGCUUUUCUUGUCAAACUAACUCCCAACAGUAUCGUGGACGAGGUGGACUUUGCUUCCUCUUCAAACCGCUUUCUUGAUGGCUACUUACUGGACUCAAGCGCAAGCAAUCAUGUGACUAAUGACUUGGCAAAUCUUGCACUUCAUUCUAAAUACAAUGGUCUUGAUGAACUUCAAAUUGGUGAUGGAACAGGUUUGAAAAUCACCCAUGACUCUUGCACGAGGAAGACACUUCUUCAAGGACCAAACAUUCAUAGGACCUAUCAAAUUCAAGGAAGAAUUAGUCCUCCACCAAGGGCAUUUUUAGGAGAACGCACCAGCAUGGUGAAUUGGCACUCUCGUCUAGAGCCAUAAAUUGCCUUUCUCAAAUUCAUCUCUUUCUAGUACUUCACCUCUUGAACAUGUAUUUUCAGAUGUAUGGGGUCUUGCUCCUCUCCCCUCCAGUGAUAGUUUUUGUUAUUUUGUUUUGUUCAUUGACCACUUUAGUCGGUAUAUUUGGCUUUACCCACUCCAAUACAAGUUUGAUGUGUUU